CACUUUUUUGUGACUCCCUAUUUUUGCCACUGAGUAGGGUGUCACCGAUGAGUGCCCUCCAUGGGUGUUCAGGGGUGUGACGUGACAGGCUCCAGCACAUGACAUAUCUGGCUUUACCGUGACGUCACAGCCUUAGCAGGCAGGCAGCUCGUUUGUCAGUGGAAGAAGAAGAGGAGCUGCGAGAGAAGACGGAGCUAUCUUUUUACUCUCUUUCUCCAUCUCCGCUGACAAGCUGUCAUCCUCCUUCUCGCUCCAACUCCACCGAAGCAACCGUCGUCACCACCUCUCCCCACUCCCUUUUCAUUUUCAACCUCUUCCUUUGACUACCUUUUUACCCCAUAACCAGAGAUGUUACGACGUGUACCAGAGAUGUUACAAAAUGAGGACGCCCCGAACUAGCGACGACUUCUCCUGCAGUUUAUCUCUACAUUGUGGAUUCGCCUGAUGUAGGAGAGCGAUGCAAAGACGAGGAUGCAAACUCUGAAUUUUGUUUUUGUGCUUUCUUACCUUGAUAGUGGGAGAAGAAAUGAAGUUUAAGGGUUCGUCUUUUCUUGGCUUCCGGUUCACCUGUCCACAUUUGCCCGCCCAUUAGCCCCUCUUACCCCUUCUAAAAACUGUUAACAAGGAAGGUUAUCAUCACGUAGAAGUUAAAGACUGUUUUUUGGGCAUCAUUUGGAGGAAUUAUAUGUGCGCCACGCCGGUGGAUAUGGCUUAAAAUGAUGUUGGCGUCCCUGUCAGAUGGAGAAAAGUCCGUCACUUGAGUGCUAUUAGACACCGUCGACUUUUGGUUGAAACAAUCAUCUCAAUGGGAGGAUACCUGGCGGACUGAUUCGGAAAAAUGUGGAUAAAACGGAGUGUCACUCGCAGCGGUCCAUCCGCUUUGAGGCCAGGCAGCUGUGUGGGGCACCGGGUGUGGAUCCUGCUGGCAAUGACCCACAUGACCUUGGACUUCUGUGUCUGCAGCCCCCUCAGUCAAGGUCUGGGGAUCAAACUCAUGCCUAAACCGGCGCCUCGCUCACGACCUCGCUUGCAGCCCAUCUGGGACACGCCCAACAAGAUUCACUGGAGAACAGUGAGCCCUCUGGCCCGCAGGCUUCUGAACCCUAUCCCUCCACCCCAAGAUGUUAGAUUAGGGAUAGGGCCAAAAGUCAAAGUCCAAAAGCAUCGUAAGCCUCUGCACAAACGACAGGCAUUGUGUAAAGAGUGCCGGUUGGCUGAAGUGGAGACAGGUGAUUCAGUAAUAGCAGAAGCUCUGGCAGGUUUAUCCAGUAGGAACACAGGAGAUAGGGCGAGGUUGCUUCUCAGAGCCAGGAGGCAGCUCAAAUGGGAGAGCUUUGACAAGUCUCAGGAGGGCCGGACUACUACAGUGGCCGGAUUUAUUGACUGGGGACCCACAGGCACAGAUAGUAUAGAUGAGGAUGGUAAACCAGACCCCAAAGUUACCCUUACCACCCGGCCCUCGACUACCACAGUGGCCACAACCACUAGCACUACGAGGUUCUCCCAAAGAACGUUCGCUAUGGUGACUACAUCAGAGCCUAAGAGGCUAAGCACCACCAAGGCCACUAACAGCUUUGGGGAGACUGUCAAGCCACCAAAGCCAAAUGUGGAUACAUCAGGUUUGGCAGUUCACCAGAUAAUCACUAUCACUGUGUCUCUCAUUAUGGUUAUCGCAGCCUUGAUCACAACACUCGUCCUUAAAAACUGCUGUGCACAGUCAGGAAAUGGCCGCCACAAUAGCCAUCAGCGCAAGAUCCACCAGCAGGAAGAAAGCUGCCAAAAUCUGACAGAUUUCACCCCAGCCAGGGUUCCCAGCAAGGUGGACAUCUUCACUGCCUACAACGACAGCCUGCAGUGCUCUCAUGAGUGUGUUCGGACUGCUGUGCCCAUCUACACUGAUGAGAUGAUCCAGCAGACACCUGUCUACAAGACGGCUUACAAUGGAAACAGGCCUUCCCCCUCUGAAAGACAACUAAUUCCUGUUGCCUUUGUGUCAGAGAAAUGGUUUGAGAUCUCUUGUUGACAAGCUGCAGGUCCCUGAUCACUUCCUGUGGGAGGAGGAGAGUUCCCUAAUUCAUGCUUUGGAUCCAAAAGGACACAAGAAACAAACAGCUUCUUUUGUAAAGUAGUGUGAUCUCUCUUUGGACACUGGUGAAGAUAUUUAUUUUUCUAGAGUUGACAAACAGAGCAGUCAUAGUGCUUCUAGCACUCUGUCUAUACCAUCAUUAAGAUGCAGACUGUAUACGACAUAGGUACAUUCAUGGGAUGCGUGGACAAGACUGUGACCAUCGUGGAUAUCUCUAAUCAUUGAUACAUAUUUGACAAAAGGCACCCAAAGGCUCUUCUGCGGGUGGAAGAUGAACUGUAUUUCUGAACAAUGUGCCAAUAAUGCCACUAUGUGCCACAACCUGGACAGAGAAAGAAGUUUCAACAACAAAUGGACAGAACAAAGAGUGCUAUAUUAACCUUGUAUCGACUACAUUGUUUUUGUGUUGUUUUUUUUUUUUUUAAGAAAUGUGAAAAUGAUACAAAUGUAUUUCGAUAUGUUCUAAACUAAUUUUAAGAAAUGUAUUGAAAAAAUUGGGUCAAAAAUGUAUUUAUAUAAAACACCAAUAGGCUGGGAAGAUAGUAGAAAGAACAAAAAUGGUACAUGAUUGAAAUUUUUUAUUUUAAUUUUAAAACUACUAUUUUUUUACACAGAAAACCCUGCCAACACCCGACAAUAGAGAUCCAAUGCCCUUAGGGUUUGCCACUGUUAAUUAAACACUUCCAUCGCAGAUGUUCUUUUCCUGAUUUGAAAGACCGGGAAAUUUAUAGACUUUUAUGCAGCAGACUCCCUGCUGCAGCGUAUCUUACAUUGUACAGUUAAACUGCAUAGAGAUGGACAGGACAUGUAACUGCCUCAGGUCUGUCCCACUCCCGCACACUUUUUAGUUUAUUGCCAAGCUCAACUGUUUUGAGAUCAGUUGUAAUUCACUAUUUGUUUCUAAACCAGCAACUGAUCAAGAUGUAGUGUGGUAGGAGCCUCACAAUCGAAAUGUGUGUGAUGCAAGAUGAAACCCAAUGAGAUAUUACUUCCAGUUUUAUUCCAUUUAUGAAAACCUAUGUUCCUAACAUGGUUUAUGGUGAUUUGUAUAAGAUCAUGAGUAGCCAAACAUGAAUGAUACAAAUGAUCACAUUUAUUUAAAUACAGUAGGCAAAUUACAGUGGGACUUCCAAAGGCAUCUCGGGAUCCAACCGAUCAAACCAAAAGUUAGAGCCAGUAUUAGAAUGUGGUGCAAUAGAUCUGUUUCUUACUUUAUAGCAAAUUUCAUAUGCAAGGAAAACAUUAAGACUAUUCAAUCUUCCUGACUCCAGUAAUUAAAUCAAACAUAAGGACAGACAGGCUUGAUGAUGUUUUGCUUUAAGAAAGCCAGUGAUUGUUCUAUCUUUAUAUGUGCUGUGGGUUUGUACAAAGCACAACUACAUUUCUACAAUUGUAUGUCUUUGGCUGUAGACAUUACUAUUAUACAUGUGGGCUUAUCUACAUUGGCCAUAAGUCACUGAGGUGAUUAUGGGCUUUUAGCCGCUUCCUGAAAAGAUUAAUUGAAGCAAGUUUUGUUUUCUCCCCAUGAUAACAUUAAUGUAAGCUAUUUUAUUAUAUAAGGAGGUUCCCAGAUGGCUUGGGAUAAAAACACUGUGGUGCAAAACAGCUUUCUGCCCAUCUCCAACAUGAAAGCCACUCUCAUGAAUGACAUACCAGAUCAGCCUCACUUGGGUGUCGGGCUGCCGAGUUGCUUCUUUGACAAAACAAUAUAUAUUUUUGAAUGAAGAGUGUUAUCUUAAUAGACAGAGGGUUAUGAAAAAAAUGUAUAUUAUACAUGUGUAAAUGUAUUUUCUAUAUAUUUGCUUCUAUUUGUGUACAGGUGUGUAAAGUUUUUUUCAACACCUCGCCCCAUUUUUGGGCAGGUUACAGCUAGGUCUGGGAUAGUGUCUUUGUUUACAUGUGUAACUAAGGUAUUUCUUUUCAACAAACACACAAAACUAACCUUGUGCCAAGCUUCCUACCUGCACUUUCAAGCAGUACAUGUAUUAUAUCUUUAGAUAAACAGUAUAAUACUUCAGUAGACGCUGCUGUUAGAUCAGAAAACUGGAAUAUUAUUUCCAGCUGGAAUGUCGGGCGGAAAAGUGCAGUGUUGACGAGAACUCUUGGGUUCUUCUGUGUUCACGAUCGGCUGGGAAACCAAUGACUUACUGUCAUUUUAAUUAUGAUAUAUCGCGUUUCUUCACAUUAAUAAUAAAUGGUAUGAAUCUUAACAGUAGCUGCCAAGCAAUCAGCUGCACAUGAACAUGAUGUUCAUUUGUCAUACUUCUUUCAUUUUAUAUUUUGUUUCACAGUAAGCCAAACACUAUGAUUUGUCACUCUUUACUAUAAUUACCUCAAAGGGGAACUGGGGAUUUGGAGACUAUAAAAUAUCAGACGAUAUCUAAAGAAAAAAAGCGAAACAAAGAUGUUAGUCUGGAUUUGACUCAACAUGUCAGGAGUUGACAUAUGCCCUGUGGUGUGGUAAACUUUUAUCAAAGUUUGUCAAGGAUAAUCAUGGUUUUUUUCCAACUUGGGCCUUAUCCUAAACUCUGUGCAUGUCUCUCGGGAUGCAAGUCAUGAUUAGAUGUUGGUUGGUCUUCCACUUUUUUACAGACAAAACUCACUCAUUGACUUUUAUGAUCCUUUUGCUUUUGGCUUAUCAUGUGUGAGUGUUUGAGUGACUUUGUUUGUCGUCUGAGCCUCUGAUUAGCAUGCUUUUAUAUCCAAAUAAUGUGUUAAAAAUAUGGAAAACACCAUACUAACUCAUUGUCACUAAUCGUUCCUGUUCCUGUGUUCCUUCAAGCUCGCAUUUAGCACGGGCCUCACGACAUCCUGCAUGAUAGUGUUUAUGUUACUUAACUUGUCUCUCCGCCUUGCAUGACGCCAUUCUUUGAAAAAGCUAAUCUGGAUGGAGCAUGUUAUGUUUGUUAUGAAUCUUAUUUUUGCCUUAAACCUAACAAACCCGUAGGUGAGUCCACACUACAAGAUAUCGCCUCUUAACUUUUAAACCCCUGCUUUUGAAACAAAGACAAUUAAAUUUUAAUUACAAUAGGAUUGCUCAUGAAUUAUAACUGGAUAAUCUACAGCUGAUGUUAUACAAAAAUGUAACAUUGCAUUAGAACAGGGAUUUUUUUUGAGGUAUGAGGCGGGCCUCCCCUGGGAGAUGCAGCGACUUAAAAAAAAUAAUCUUUUUUUCAAACCUGCUAGGUUGACCUCAGUUACUGUAUGUUUAAAGGCAAUCAAGUAAUUGUUUGUUCGUACGGUGAGAGAGUCUUGUGUGUGCACAGACCUCCACAAAAUAUUCUAAAAAAAAUCAGUUCUUCGGGCAGGAAAAGAGGCUCCAGCUGUGUUAUAUUCUCUGAGGAUAGGCUCACUGUGUGACACCUUGAAAACCCCUGCUCUAGAUUAAUUUAAAUCACAUUUUUUAACGUUACACACUUUUUUUAAACCAAACAAAUGUAUUGGUAUUUAUAAAGUACUGCUAAAACAAAAUUGACCUUCCAUUGGAAUAUAAUUGGUCAUCGUGGAAUAUUAACGCAUGCUACACAAAACUGUCCACAUGUCCCAUGUACUAAUUCAUAAAAGAUGUUAACUUUGACAGGGAAAUUGCAAAACCACAUCUAUUCUGUGAAAUACAGAGGUUUUUGGGAAGUCUUUGCAGUACAUGUUUGUAAUAAUCACUUCUUAGCAAGUAUUAUAUAAUAGUAAGGCAUGAACAUAAGACCCAAGUUGCACUAACCCUGAAUCAUGUAGAAAAUAUGCAAACAUAUCAAAGACAAAUGUUGACCAUUGUGACUGUUGAGGUUCCCAGAAUAUCUGUGAAUAUUUUAAUCAAAGCUUUCAUUCUAUCAGACAACUGUUAAAUGUCAAUUCUGCCGCAACAUGUAGUGUUAAACUGUUAUACCAAUAUAACCAUGCCAGGACUUUUAAAACAACACAAUAUGUGGGGGUGGUGGAAGUCAUGACGAUUUUUUAGGGAUUUUUAUUACAUAUAAAAUUGUAUUAAAAAAAAGGGGGGGAGAAAGAGAGGGGAGGGGAUUUAUAUUGCAUUCCAGAUUUUAGAUGAGGAAUAAUAAUAAUAAAUAAUCAUCAUUCCUCUUUUCUAGCUCAGUUUGAUCUCUACGGACUGCUGCCUUUCUGUUUCUAUAUCCGGAUUUUGACAUUCACUAAAAAUAGUGCAAGCAGAGAGAGGCAGGUAGGAAAAGUCUCAGACACCAAAGACUUGACAUGCCUUCAUGACAACACAUGUUCAGACUUAAGCCAUUAAAACCCACGCUCCCCUCAGCACAAACAAACAUAUCAAUCAGAAGGCUGUUCUUCCCAGCAAACCCCGUAGAGCAAACACAGAGCAUCACACUGAUAUGCCUGUUGUGGUGAUUAGAUACUGGCAAAGAGUUAGAAGGGAGGGACAAUCCUGUGUAUCAACUUUAUUUCAUUCCCGCCAUUGAGGUCUCACCUGUCAAGAAACACAAGAUAGUAUAUUGCUUUUACAGACAAUUUGAAGGUAUUACUUGGUAAAGAUUUUUUUCAAAUGUUUGAGUCAGACGAAAGAACCAUGUUAAGCUUGCUAGAUGUACUAUUCCAAUAAAAAAAAUAGCAGCCUUGCUUACGUUACAAUAUCCACUUGUUGCCUCACCUCUUCGGACAUGUUUUCAAAUUGUAAGAUCAACUGCGGCCACACGGUGGCCUAGUGUUUUGCAUGCUGGCCACACAGUCAGGAGAUGAGGAAGAUUUCAGUUUGAAUCUCCGUUUGGGCAUCUCUGUGUGACGUUUGCAUGUUCUCCCCACAGGUUUUCUCCGGGUAUUCCGGUUUCCUCCCACAUUCCAAAAAUAUGCAUGUUAGGUUAAUUGGAGAUUCUAAAUAGGUAUGAAUGUGUGUCCGGGUGUAACCCGCCUCUCGCCCAUAGUCAGCUGGGAUAGGCUCCAGCAUACCCCGGCGACCUUAAUGAGGACAAGCGGCAUAGAAAAUGGAUGGAUGGAUGGAAAGUCAGUUCCAAUUCCACAUCAGCAAAGUUGCAGUCUCAAAAUGACCUCUUUCCUAGAAGUUGGGCACUUAUUGUAUUUCCUCAAAUAGUGUACUCUGCUCUAAUAGGCGCCAUGCAUCAGUUAAGGCCCGCACAUACUCCGCAAAAACAGAGGAAUUUGUUCGUUUUCUCAAGAUGGCAAGAUUUCAUACUACAUGAGAAUGUAAGCAUUAGCCAUGCCCGCUUUUACAUUUCUGAGUUGUCAGACACCCCGUAAGAUAAACGUUUUGCCCAGAUAAUGUGUUGAGAACAAGCUGCGAGAACUCCCAAAUGUGAUUUGAGAGAGACGUUUCCCAUUUCUCUGUUCUUGUAGAGUAUGUACUUAUACCUUUAAGUCAUCUGGUACAUCGUCAAAUUAAACACCUUACCUCUAAUCAACGACAGCAGGUGCCACGUUUCUACGACGGCUUACAGUUCAGUUUGGUACAUAACACCCUGAUUUGGUGCUACAGAUAGCUGCAUGAGCUCCAUAAAUAAUAUGACAUUCAAUGUUUAAUUAGUGAACUCAUCAAACAAAAACUGCAUUUUUAAAAAUACUUUCUCCUUUCGUUUCAUAGCAUCAUGAGGUGCACACACAAAUCUGGCAAUUACAUAAAAUCAAGGAACACCAACUAGCUAAAUAGCUGUAACUUUUUCCACACUUGUCUGAAACUUGUGAAGGGACCAAUUAGUUAAACUUCUUGCAUUACUGAUACAACAGGAACCACCGACUAUAGAAGGGCGAGUGAACUGUGAAUCCGAGUCAGGUAUACAUCACAGUUGUCCAGUAUAUACGUACACUCCUGAUCAAAAUCUUAACACCAAUUGAAAAAUUGAAAGAAUUUGUAUUGUGCACAUUUGGAUCUUAAUGAGGUUUUAAGUAGAGCUACAAUAUGCAAACGCAAGAAGGGGGAGUGAGACAAAAAAAAACAUUUGAAACUUGUAAUUUAAACCAAAAACAAAAUGAAAUAGGUUGUUUUUCACCUGAUUAAAAGUUUAAGACAACAGGCUAUAAAAGCCAAAAUCUGCUCAAAAUGUUCAUUUUCUGUCAGGCAUUCACACUGUCAUGCCCUCCUGAUGGCUAAAGCUAAGAAGCUUUCUCUUUUUGAAAGUGGUCGGAUUGUGGAGCUGCAUAAGCAAGGCCUCUCGCAGCGUGCCAUUGCUGCUGAGGUUGGGCACAGUAAAUCAGUCAUUCUACAUUUUUUGAAAGAUCCUGAGCAUUAUGGAACAAAAAAGUCAAGUGGUAGACCCAAAAAAACCCCCACCUGCGCUGAGCCGGAGGAUCCGAUUGGCUGCCCCUCAAGACACAGGGCGGUCUUCCACCCAAAUUAAGGCCUUUACUGGUGCCGACUGCAGUGCAAUAACCAUCAGAUGGCAUCUGCAGGAAAAGGGUUUAAAAAACAAAAUACGAAUUCAAAGCCCUCGUCUCCUUCAAUGCCACAAAACUGCCCGUUUAGACUUUGCCAGGGAGCAUCAAACAUGGGACAUUGAAAGGUGGAAAAAAGUUUUAUUCUCUGAUGAAAAAAAAUGUAACCUUGACGGUCCAGAUGGCUUCCAACGUUACUGGCAUGACAAGGAGAUCCCACCUGAGAUGUUUUCUACCCGGCACAGUGGAGGGGGUCCAUCAUGAUCUGGGGUGCUUUUUCAUUCAGUGGAACACUGGAGCUUCAGGUGGUGCAGGGUCGUCAAACGACGGUGCUUACGUGAAGAGGUGGCAGCGGGCAUCCCUCAUGACUGAGGGCCCUCGUCUGUGAGGUAACAGUUGGGUUUUUCAACAGGACAACGCUGCAGUUCACAAUGCUCGCUUGACCAAGGUCUUCUUCAGGGAGAAUAACAUCACUCUUUUGGACCAUCCUGCAUGUUCUUUUUGAUUUAAAUCCCAUAGAGAACAUUUGGGGAUGGAUGGCAAGGGAAGUUUAUAAAAAUGGCCAUCAGUUCCAGACAGUUGAUGCCCUUCGUGAAGCCAUCUUCACCACUUGGAGCAAUGUUCCCACUAGUCUCCUGGAAACACUCGCAUCAAGCAUGCCCAAACCCAUUUUUGAAGUGAUUAACAAGAACGGUGGAGCUACUCAUUACUGAGUCCUACUGAGAACAUUUUUUGUUCUGGUUUGGAGAGUUUUUUGUUAUUUUUUGAGCGAUAGUCUUAAACUUUUGAUCAGUUAAUAAACAGUCUAUUUCAGUUUAAUUGUUGUUUUCAAAAAAUUACUUUUUCAAAAUGCUUUUUGUCCCACUCCCCCUUCUUGCUUUUGCAUAUUGUAGCUCUACUUAAAACCUCAUGAAGAUCCAAAUGUGCAAAAUGCAAAUUCUAGCAAUUUUUCAACUGGUUUUAAGAUUUUGAUCAGGUCUGUAUAUAAAGGCCUCCUAGCAAAUCGAUACCUCAUUUAAAUAAAGCCUGAUGAGUAAAAACACCCGUCCACCAUUUGAAAAAAAAAAUCCGCUGUCGCAAAUGGAUGUGUGUAAAAUAAACAGAAGGUUUACGUUCAGAAGUUGUACAGGCAAAUUUUUUAUUUAUUUGGGGAAAGGUAAGGUUUAAAACAUUGGGGUGUUGGGCACAGUGUUCUUAUUCUACAAUCGCAAUUCAUAGCUAUCAUGAAGAAACUCGACUCAAGUUGUGUUGUUGCCAUUAAAAUGAAGUUUGUACCUUGUGACUCUUAAAAACUUUUUAUAUUUGUGUUUAAUAUAUAAAUGCGUACCUCCGUCAACUUUUGUACAAGACCUAUAGUAUUUCCAGAUGCGUACGAAACACAACUCACAAAGCAGUCUGUCUCUGUGACAGAUAAAUGUUGUAUAACUACAAAAUUUUUUGUUUUGUCUUUACGAAACCACACCUUUUUUUUGUAAGUUAUUGGUACACAUUUCCAAGUGACUUUGAUUUGGUUACUCUUGUACUACUAAGCUGUGUAUUUGCAAGCACUGUAAAUGCGAUUCUCAUUGGAUUUGUCCUGUACAUUUAGUACUCUGAUGUUGCUCUUAAUAAAAUGUAAAACAACUUCCUAUUCAAGAGGAUAUUUGUUGAAAUGGAUCCACAAUAAUACCGCACAAAAUAAAAUAUCUGAAGACAAAUUAAGUGUACUCUAUGCAUUUAUUGUAUUAUUGGAUUAUAUUGAACUAAAAUUAUAGAUUGUCAUUUCUGUCAGCAAAUCAAACCAAAAUCUUAAUCAUCAAAACAAAACAACAAAAAUAGUUACUAUUAUUUUAUAAGCCAUGGUUGAGCUGGAAAUUGCCAAAAUAGCAUGUUCCUGAGAAAACAUGCUGAUGCAAACAUACACAGUAUUAACAAAUUGUAAAAAAAAAUCUCAGUAUUAAGACUAAUGUGACUUCAGUGUGUGUAGUUUUCAACAUUCCGUUACAUUGUUCAGUCAAUUACUAAAGCCGAUGCAUGUCAUCUUACAACAAAUAUGGUUGAUCAAUACAGCUUAGUCAUGAUUCCCAAAAUAAUUACUUAAAAAUAUUUAAGUGAAAUACAGUGACUAAUAAAAAGCAUAGACAACUAGAUAUAGUCUAAAUAAAAGUAAAUAGGUCAUUAAAGGUCCCCUGGGAUGCAAAAUGGACUUCAAUGAUGUUAUAACAAUAAUAUGUGUCUUAAGAGCCUGUUUUGAGCACCAAACAUGAGAAAAAUGUAUCAUUUCCUUCAUAGUUCAUGCUUUUGCUUUUGAAGUUCUGGGUUUUCCUGACAUAAUGAAUUGAAGGAAAAACCUCUCCUUUCUCAUGGACUUGAAACCGCCUCUGACCCUGAACAAGCUACAUGGGCCCACCCCGUGUAAACACCCACCACUUCACUGAGGACAGCUUUGUGAAAAAAUGUUUUUAAAACAAGCAGACCUCACCACACAUCUAAAAAUAAAGCCUGUACCCUUGCCAGUACAUUUACACACAUUAAUAAUGGAUGUGAGCCACAUGAAAAUAAAAAACUGGAUAUACAGUGUAAGAUAUUAUCAUUACACGUAUAGAAUCAAGAAGAGCUUCUUCACACACUAACAUAGCACAAGUAGAGUUGUGCAACACUCCCAGAUAACCGAUGGAAAAAUACUAGAGGAAGAGGCAGACACACAAUAGAUGCAGAUGCAUUGUUCUCACUCACACGAGCUAAACUUUCACUUCUACACAAGCUUAAGUUUCACUUUCAAGAUUUUGUAUUGUUUCAUUCUGGGCUCUUCUUCGAACGUCCUCAUUGAUGAUGAGUCCUGUGCUCUGUAACCAGAUGUAUUGCUCUUAUUUUUCAUACUAUUUUUUUUUUUUGCAAUAUUUUACACAAUUUGAAAACCUUUUAAAUAGUGCGAUCAUUGCUUACUUCUCUUCGCUGUCCAAAAAACAGGAAGAAAAGCUGGAGAAAAGAAUUGUGUUCUACAACUGGUAGGCACUAAACACAGCCUUAUUCUUGACACAAGUUUUCUGUUGAAAUUCUAUUGGUUUUCAUAGAACUAUUGGUUUAGUUACAUCUUUGUUUUUCAAGCUGUUUUCCUUGUGUCUGCUCACUUUUGGUCAUUGAUUUCAGGUGGUCUCAUUGGCUCUGCCCUGCUUCUUCUCAUUCGACUAAUCAAUUCCUUGCCUGUUCUUGUGUUCGACCAGCUGGAUUUCACCUUGGUGAUU